AUGGCUGAACUCCCUCUUGAUAUCGUCUUCGAUAUUCUUUCGAGAGUGCCCGUAAAAUCACUCUUGCGAUUCAGGUGUGUAUCUGAACCAUGGUGCAAUAUCAUUGAUCAGCCACACUUCGCUAGCCUGCAAAUAACACGAUCCUCUGAAGAACCUACAUCACUAAUUGUUUCCGAACCAACGCUCAGAAAAUCCACAUUGGGUUUACAUCCAGUAAAAGAAAAGGAAGGGACUUUUGAAACAAGCGAGAAUCCUCUUGUAGAGUUCGAUUUAAGUAUGUAUCACGCGACGGGUUCUUGCAAUGGACUGUUUUACUUUGCAGAAUACUACAGUGAAGGUCUUAUCAUUGUGUCAAAUCCUCUUAAAAGAGAGGUUCAAAGGCUUCCACCGGCACCGGCGAAAAACAUUGACACCCGUCUGAAUUUUUUUAAGACAUAUGGAAUGGGUUUUGAUAACUCAACCAAGACCUUCAAGUUGGUUUGUGUUUUCUUUCAGGAAAGAACCUUUGGACCACCAAGAUAUAGAUUGGGCACACUAGUGCACACAUUGGGAACAGGCUCAUGGAGAGAGAUAUCUCAAGUUCCCCCUUAUCCUAUAUGUUCUAAGCCUGUAUUUGCACAUGGAGCUUUGCACUGGAUUGUUCACCCUUAUGUCCGAUACCAUGACACUACAGAAGGCAUGAUCGUUUCUUUUGAUCUUAGGAAAGAAAAAUUUAGCCUGCCUUCUCACCCCAAUUUCCAUUCAAAAGAUUGCGAGUUUUUUCAGUUGGUUGAUCUUAAUGGUAAUUUGGGUAUGGCUGAUCUCUCGUGUAAAUCAAAAAUUGAGAUAUGGGUGAUGAAGGAUUUUGAGAGAAAGCAGUGGGUCAGAGAAUAUAGAAUCGAGAUAUGUGCUGCGGAGGGGAGAUUUGAUAAUAGACACAUUGAAGUUAUAGGUCUAUGGAAGCAUGGUGACAUAUUGAUGAGGUCAUUGUUGAGACCCUCUCAAGGGUAUUUCAUCUACAAUCAGAAGACUGGCCUAAGGUCCACCAACAGCUCCAAUGAUCUCCGACAUCGUUCAACAAUUUCUAGCCAUAGGGGGAGCUUGAUCCCGUUGCCCUAG